GGAGAAGGGGCGCUGAGGCGCUCCCCGCAGGCAGGGCAUGGCUGCAGAAGAGUCUCGCCCCUUGCUGGGCUAUGCCGCGGCGGACUCGUACCCGAGAGUGCAGAACAAGAAGUUGUACCUGGCCACGUUCGCUGCUGUCUUGGGACCGCUUAGCUUUGGCUUCGUGCUGGGCUAUAGCUCACCUGUUAUUCCAGAGCUGAGGAAAAUCAACGAUCCCAAAUUAAGAUUGGACAGCAAUCAAGCCUCAUGGUUCGGGUCACUGGUAACAUUAGGAGCUGCUGCUGGAGGCAUACUGGGAGGCUAUCUCGUGGAUAAAGUAGGGAGGAAGCUGAGCCUGAUGCUGUGCUCCCUACCAUAUAUUUUUGGAUAUCUGGUUGUUAUCUCUGCUCAGAAUGUUUGGAUGCUCUAUUUUGGACGAAUGCUGUCAGGCUUAGCCAGUGGGAUCACUUCACUUGUUGUUCCAGUGUAUAUAUCUGAAGUAUCUCAUCCUAAAGUCCGUGGUAUGCUUGGCUCUUGUGUUCAGCUGAUGGUGGUGACUGGCAUACUGGGAGCCUACAUUGCAGGAAUACAACUAGGAUGGCAGUGGCUGGCAGUGUUGGGUUCUGUGCCACCCUGCAUGAUGGUGCUGUUGAUGUCCUUCAUGCCUGAGACACCCAGGUUCCUGCUGAGUCACAACCAGCUCUCUGAAGCCGUGGCUGCUCUGCGCUUCCUGCGAGGACCACAGGCAGACCACGAGUGGGAAUGUCAGCAGAUUGAAGCUGGUGUUCAAGAAGAGGAACUGAAACUCUCUGAAUUUAAGAACCCCUCCAUCUACAAGCCACUUCUUAUUGGUGUGGCUCUGAUGUUCUUCCAGCAAGUAACAGGCAUUAAUGCAGUUAUGUUUUAUGCAGAAACUAUCUUUGAGGAUGCAAAUUUCAAGGACAGCAGAAUGGCUUCUGUUGUUGUGGGGUCCAUACAAGUGUGUUUCACUGCUGUGGCUGCACUUAUCAUAGAUAAAACGGGACGAAAAGUUCUGCUUUACAUAUCUGGGAUAAUCAUGGCUCUCAGUACUGCAUUGUUUGGCCUUUACUUUAAAGUGGUGCUUCCAAAUGGAAACAACGCCUCAAAUCCUGAUGUGUGGUUCACUCUAAAUGCAGCAUCCCCAGGGACAGAAAGCAGCAUGUCCUGGCUUGCAGUGGUGAGCCUAGGGCUCUUCGUUGCUGGCUUUGCCCUUGGCUGGGGCCCUAUUCCAUGGCUGGUGAUAUCAGAAAUCUUCCCCCUUAAAGCUCGAGGCAUUUCGAGUGCUGCCUGCGUGCUAACCAACUGGAUCAUGGCCUUCUUGGUUACCAAAGAGUUUCAGGAUCUCCUAGCUUUCUUAACGUCUUACGGCACCUUCUGGCUCUUCUCCGUAUUGUGCUGCCUAAAUGUAACUUUUACAGCCUUUUAUGUUCCUGAAACAAAAGGACAGACCCUGGAACAAAUUGAGGCCUACUUCAGAAGAUUUUAAAGCCUACAGCUUUUUAUACUGAUGUGAACCCUUCCCAUCAUGGACUAUGGUGCUAUGGUUGAAACUGAGUGCAUCACCUGGGGGAGUCUGUUACUAAACUUGCUACCAAAUCAUUUUAAUGACUUUUGUCAAAGCUGAACUCUUGGGGAUUUUUAAGUAGCUGUGGGGAAUCUGCACAUACUUCUGCAUGCUGCUCCCUGUGCUUAAUCUUCCUUGUGCAAGUCUUGGGCAUAACCUCUUUGAUUCCUGUGUUCUUUUUACCUGGUGCAGACUGACAGCAAUGGCCAAGGAGAAAUGUGAAUCUCUUUUUUUGCUUCCUAAGGUGUAAAUUAAGAUCUAAUUUUGUAUAAAAUGAAAUUUUCUUUGCUCCACUUUUCCCUUUCCCUUAUAGCAUGGUUACAGUGAAGCCAUGAGUGAUAGAGUCUGGCUACUGCUCAUUUUACUUUGGUGUGGCUGCUGCUAUGUCUGGAAUGCCUGACCGUGGAAUAAGGCUUGGUCCCAACCAGAGAUGAAUGAGUGGCUUUCAUGGGUGUGAGUGUCACGCUGUUCAGGAAUGCAUUUAAAUCACAAGGGAUGCAAGUCACAGGAGAAUGUAUUUUAGCAAUGCUUUUUCAAAAGGAAUUACAAGCUCUUGGAGGCAGCAAGCAUAUACUCUUAGCCAGAACAGGAGAAAAACUCUAUUUUGUAGUGUUAAGGGGUAAAAGAUCUCAGACUGGAGCAGCUAUGGAGUUCAAAAGAUGCCUAUAAAACACAAACCACUCUGGAUUAUAGUUCUUAUCAAAGAUGGGCAACGCUUCAGACACAAGCACCAGUCUCACACUUAUGAUACAGCACUUCAAGGAAUAACAUCUCUGAAACAACAUCUCUAAAGAACUCAAAUGGAAACAGUAAUCCAGAGCUAUCUGCAGUUGCUAUCUCCUGACUCUUGUCUGCUGAACCAUUUUGGAAAAUCUAUUAGCUCUGCAUGUGUAAAAGAAAGGAGUGAGGUCAAAUUUAUGGUUUAUUACAUAUGAAGGAAUAAAUCAUCUGUUACUCCUUCACAAAGGUGAUAAAUGGCACUUAGAAUAGUUCCAGCUGCAAUAGGACUGUUUCUAUUUGGAUGUCACAUCUAAACCACAAACCAUACAUACUAUCACAUGACAGUAAAAACAAUGUAAUACAUCAGCAGUUAAGACAAGUGGUAGAUAAAGAGUUUUUUGAUCACAAACGUAGCAACAGUCUUAACAAUAUGCAGUUAUUAAAUUACAAAGCAGUCUGCUAACAUUCAAAGACUUGGUUAAACCUGGUACUCCAGGUUGAUGACACUUUUUGCAUAAACCUUUAGAGACAUUAACAUUUUCCACUUGACCAGAUAAAUACCUUGGAGCUAUAAAUAAAUAUCCAGAAAAUAAUAAUCUCUUAAAUCUUCUCUUCCAAUCAUGUGCUGAUGAUUUCCAGUAGCAAACAGGAGUCAGUCAGUUGCAAGUCAGCAACAGGGUGAAGCAGCUAGGCAGUAUACAGCUGGUGAAACUGUGCUCAACUAGUAUGACUAGAAAUACUUUCUGACCUGCAUGCAAUGCAGAUGGUUGCUGCAUACUGUCAUUUGAGCUUUCCUGUGUUGUUCCUAUCAGGUUCUCAGGGAAUCAUUUGUUCCUCCACAAAAUCAGGCUAAGCCUAUCUGAGAAAACACUGCCUGGACAGAAUGGACAAGCACUGUGCGUGUGAACAGUGACAUCAAGCUUAGCAAUGACAUUUUCACACACAGAAGGCAACAAACCUAAUUCUGAAAUACCUGGUUAAUUGCAGAUGGGAUUUCCUCAACCCCCUGGAUUUACUUUAAAUUCCUCUAUGUGACUUUUAAUCCCUUAAAAGCUGUAGGAGAAAUUACAACUAUAUACACAUACCUAUGUAUAGUCAUACAUCUAUGUGUAUAUACUGCCAAACCAAACCCCGAGGAUCAUCUCUCUGCCAUGCACACUAAGCCAAUGGCUCUGAGCUGCUGCAGCUGCAAGCACAAGUUACAGACCCACACCUUUAGGAAAACAUGCAUGAAGUGGAGCUCAUGACUUGGUCAGUAUCUGUAGAACACCAGAAAGUAAAUGGCAGGAGCAGAGACCUUGAACAUCUCUUAACUGUUUGUGUAAUAGUGUUACAGUCCUUGGUGCCACCAGUCCCCUGCCCUACUGAGAACUCUAAAUGUUUAGUUGACUGACAGUAUUAAAAUAAAUAAAUACAUAAAUAAAAGGGUUUUUAAAGCA